AUGCCCCUCAACCCGGCAUUGAACGACGACUCACUCCUGCAUAGUUUAGACCACGCCGAAGAGCUACGGGAUCGCGCCCUCCUGCGUAUGCAAAACUACCAACAACAAGCAACCAGAUAUUACGACAGGAAGGUGCGAAACCGGCGCUUCGAGCUCUACGACCUUGUAUCUAAGAAGGUCCACGACUUUACCAAACCCGAGCACGCAGGCAAAUUCGGGUUCCAUUGGGAAGGACCGUUUCGCAUCACCAAGAUCAUCAAACCCGGGGUCUACGAGCUGGACGAUUGUCACGGAAACCCACUGCCUCGUCCAUGGAACUCCAUGAACCUACGCAGGUUCUACACCUAG